AUGGUCCCUAACGGUGACAGGCUUUUGCUCCUUUGGACUGGGUUCCUUUUUCGCCUCGCUGCUUGCCACCCACAGUCGGGUCUCGCGUACCACGGAGUUGACCGGCUGCCGCCUAGAGACAUCGGGCGGUUCCUGGACUCCGCGAACCAUGCGACGCUCAACAGCCACGUGCUUGGGGAAGGCACUGGGAGUGCAUCCCCUUCGUACCUUCAACUCCAUGCAUAUAAUCCGGCUCUCGACGACGGACUCGAAGUGCCUCAACGUUCUCUGGAGAGCGCGUUGUACCAGCCGACGCCGAUCCCUGUGGCCACCACAGCUACCGAUCGAAGAGCCAGAAGAAGCCUCCGCCGCUUAGCCGCAGGAAUUCCAAACGAAGAGCGUCAAUCGAGGGCCUCCUCGACGUUCCGUGCGCUGCUAUCUAGCAGCAUUAUCGCUGAACUGGAGUUCUCGCUGGACAUCCUGCGAGUCCUUGUCGACUCUGCGCGCGGCUCUCCCGUCGUGUACGAUCUGGAGCGCACUCUCGGCACAGGAACCUCGUCGAUCGUCGUCCAGGCUGUGCAAAGCUCUUUCACACCUUUGCCAUCCCAUCGUGAAAUGUUGCCCCGCUUUUUGUCGCGGCUAUUUUCGCAUCGUUCAACGGACACUCGUUCGCGCGUAGCGUUACGGUUCCCCGUGGUGAACCUGCGUAAAAAGCAGGUAGAAUAUCCUCACUUGACCGAGGGAGAAUUGCUCGACCUGUUGCUGAGGAAGCAGUUGGAAAGGGAACUCCACGCAGUCGCAUUGGUUUCCGCAGCCGCCCGGCAAGUGGAGGGGAUUGACGGGAAAUGGGGCUUCGUGCUGCCCAUGCGACUCGGCCGAGUGGCGACUCAGAGGACCACACUGGCAAGGGAUCCUGAUGGAAAUGCUAUGCUGAACUUUGCUUCGGAGAUGCCUACAAUGUUAUGUGAUCUGCUCUGUAUUAUCUACAAGCGCAACCGUGGACCAUCAUUGGACGCUUACGUUCUAAAGCGAGUCCUACAACUUGCCGUCAACUUGGAGACGUUGAGUUUGGUGCAUCUCGAUAUAACGCCGCAAAAUGUGCUUAUCGGGCAGGAUGGGCAACUCUACCUGGGGGAUUUCCAGAGCGUAGUGCGAUCCGACACAACUGUUCCUUGCAGAGACAUUCCGAUGUCAGCCUACACCGACCCACGGUUGGCCUACUGCGCCGUCGUUACCCCAGACGACCAUGUUGUCGUUGACAAAUCGCACGACGCCUGGAUGGUUGGAAUGCUAUUGCUCCAGUGGCUCUGUGGUGACGUCUUUUUCGAUUUAAGAACGACUGUUGGUGACCCGGGCCAGCGAAUGCGUGUCCUCGCUCAAAUGCACCAAGACUUCAGAGAGACACACACAUAUGCGGCCCCUGUCACAGCAUUUCAAGACUGGGAAAGAUGCAGAGGCCGCAUCAAAGGUGCGCACAAAAGACUCGUUCAGCAACUUCUCGACCUCAAUCCUUUCACAAGGGGUACAGCGACCCUUCUCUUCGCUAGCUAUUUCGCUCCCUGA